AUGGCCCCCGACCACAAGGCUUGCCUGAUCGUGAUUGACGGCUGGGGCAUCCCCUCCGAGGAGUCGCCCAAGGAUGGCGACGCCAUUGCUGCCGCCGACACCCCCGUCAUGGACGAACUUUCCAAGAGCCCGACCGGCUUCACCGAACUCGAGGCCUCGUCCCUGGCUGUUGGUCUCCCCGAGGGCCUCAUGGGCAACUCUGAAGUCGGACAUCUCAAUAUUGGCGCCGGCCGCGUCGUCUGGCAGGACGUCGUGCGCAUCGAUCUCGCCGUCAAGAAGGGCGAGUUCGCCAGCAAUGAUGUGAUUAAGAAGGUCCUGGAGGCGGCCAAGAAUAGCAACGGGCGUCUUCACCUCUGCGGUCUAGUGUCCCACGGCGGUGUGCACUCGAAGCAAACACAUCUGUAUGCCCUCCUCAAGGCCGCCAAGGAGUGCGGCGUGCCCAAGGUCUUCAUCCACUUCUUUGGCGAUGGCCGUGACACGGAUCCCAAGUCGGGCGCCGCGUACAUGGAGGAGCUGCUGUCGACAAUCAAGGAGAUUGGCGUUGGCCAGAUCGCCACAGUCGUCGGUCGGUACUACGCCAUGGACCGUGACAAAAGGUGGGAGCGGAAUGAGAUUGCGCUGAAGGGUAUGGUGCUUGGCGAGGGCGAGCAGAGCGACGAUCCGGUCAAGACCGUCAAGGAGCGGUACGAGAAAGGCGAGACUGACGAGUUCCUCAAGCCCAUCAUCGUCGGCGGCGACGAGGGCCGGAUCAAGGACGGCGACAAUGUCUUCUUCUUCAACUACCGGUCUGACCGUGUCCGGCAAAUUACCCAGCUGUUGGGCGACGUCGACCGGUCCCCCCUGCCUGACUUCCCCUACCCCAAGAUCAACCUGGUCACCAUGACCCAAUACAAGCUUGGCUAUCCGUUCGAGAUUGCCUUCAGGCCCGUGCACAUGGGCAACGUGCUCGCCGAGUGGCUUGGCAAGCAAGGCGUCGAGCAAGUUCACAUCGCCGAGACGGAGAAGUACGCCCACGUCACCUUCUUCUUCAACGGCGGUGUCGAGAAGGUCUUCCCCCUCGAGACGCGCGACGAGUCACAGGAUCUCGUGCCUUCGAACAAGAGCGUGCCGACAUACGACAAGGCGCCCGAGAUGAGCGCCGACGGCGUCGCGAACCAGGUUUGCAAGCGCAUGGCUGAGCAGAAGUUCCCCUUCGUCAUGAACAACUUUGCCCCUCCGGACAUGGUCGGCCACACGGGGGUGUACGAGGCCGCCAUCGUCGGCUGCGAGGCCACGGACAAGGCCAUUGGCAAGAUCUACGAGGGCUGCAAGAAGUCAGGCUACAUCCUCUUCAUCACGGCCGACCACGGCAACGCCGAGGAGAUGAAGUUCCCCGACGGCAAGCCCAAGACGUCGCACACCACCAACAAGGUUCCUUUCAUCAUGGCCAAUGCGCCCGAGGGCUGGAGCCUGAAGAAAGAGGGUGGCGUACUGGGCGACGUCGCUCCCACUGUGCUCGAGGCCAUGGGCCUGCCCAUCCCCGCAGAGAUGACGGGCUCGAGCUUGCUGGUCAAGUCGUGA